AUGCUGGUCUGGAUCUUGUUCGCAACAAUUGUACUCCUUUCUUGUCUUUCUUCGGCAAGUCCUCCUGGCAGUCCACAAAGCCAAGGAAGCUCUACUGGCGAUUUGCUGAUUGAUAAUCCUCAAUCUGAAUACUUUCGUCAUUCCCCAACCUUGCAUGUCGCGCAAUCGACAGGUGGAAAUGCCGCAAUACAGACGAAACACGAAGAAAAGCCAAAGAGCAGAUCACCUAGUCCAUCUGGUGAGCUCCUCGUAGAUAACCCUAAUUCGGAAUACUUUCAUCAUUCUCCAACCUUGCAUGUUUCGCCAUCGAUAGGUAGACAUGCCGAAACACAGACGGUACACGAAAAAGAGCCAAAGAGCAGAUCUCCAAGUCCAUCUCUGCCACAUGAAGUCAGAAACAGCAACCCAGCCUUUGACAGCGCGAGCAUUCAGCACAGAUUAAUGACCGAUUCCAGAAUGGAUUAUUAUCAUUAUAUUCGGUUGCUAUCCCCGAAAGUACAUCUUCAUGCCAAUAGUCCUGCAAAGGAAAGAGACAAAGAAGGAAUGUCAUCAAGCCAAUCUGUUGCCCAACGUGGUCCAUUACGUACCAGAAAGAGAAGAGCCAUUUUGACCGACGGAGAAAAGAGGGAAAAGUAUGAAGCAAGAUUGGUCACGCAAAGAUCAAAAAUGUCUGAUCGUCGAAAGAAUGCACUGUCAGGAGACAAUGCCAAAGAAUUCCUACGUAAGCAUAAUAAAGCAGUUUCCGAUUGGAGAGAACGGAAAAAAGUUCAAGAUCCCAAUUAUUUCAAGGCAAAAUAUCGAAUUCUGAAAUGGAGAGAGAGAAUGGAAGAUCAAUUUGGCGUAAAGAUGCCGAGAGAGAAAGGUGGCAGGCCACGAAAGUCUACAUCGGAGAAGCAGAAUCCUCCCGGAAAGAAGUCAAAGAAGUAG